UAAGCAGGCAAUCGGUAAACGCGGCGACGGGUGGUGCAGUGCUGUGCGUGUGUUCGUCGUCGCCCCGCUUGCCGCUUUGCUCUUGCAGAUUCGGAUCACGGCCUUCAGCGCCGCGACGCCGAGCCAAAGCUCACUGCCGCCUGCCGCAAGCCCAGCCAUGGACGACCCCGGCUCCGAGGUCGAGCACGAGAUACCCGGCGUCGUGCGUGUGCACAAGGGCGGCCGCGUCGUGCGCUUGAACGGCACCGAGACCGUGCCUUCCUCACCGUCCGGUGACCCAGCCAGCGGCGUCGCCUCCAAGGACGCCGUCCUCGACCCGGCGGCAAACAUCUCUGCUCGCAUCUACCUCCCCGCCGCCGCCUCCUUGGCGGAGCCCGGGAAGAAGCUCCCUGUGGUCGUGUUCUUCCACGGCGGCGCGUUCAUGAUCUACACCGCUGCCUCCCCGCUCUACCACAAGUACGCCGCCUCCCUCGCCGCCGCGGCCCCCGCCGUCGUCGUCUCCGUCAACUACCGCCUCGCCCCGGAGCACCCAGUUCCGGCCGCCUACGAGGACGCCUUCACGGCCCUCAAGGCCGUCGUCUCCUCGUGCCGGCCGGGCGGCGCCGAGCCCUGGCUCGCGGCGCACGGCGACGCGUCCCGCGUCGUCCUCGCCGGCGACAGCGCCGGGGCCAACAUGGCGCACCGCACGGCGGUCCGGCUGCGGAAGGAACGCAUCGAGGGGUACGGCGACAAGGUCAGCGGCAUCGCGCUCCUGCACUCGUACUUCUGGGGAAAAGAGCCGGUCGGCGGGGAGCUCACGGACGCCGCCAUCCGCGGCGGCAUUGACCAGGUAUGGCAUGUCGCCUGCGGCGGUAAGCUCGGCCUCGACCACCCGUACAUCAACCCCGGGGCGUCGCCGGAGGAGUUGAGCCAGCUCGGGUGCGACCGUGUGCUGGUCGCCACGGCGGAACACUGCUGGUUCGUGGAGAGGUCGCGCGCCUACGCGGCGGGCGUCAAGGCGUGCGGGUGGGGCGGCGAGCUCGAGUUCUACGAGACCAAGGGCGACGGGCAUGUCUACUUCUUGCUCAAGCCCGACUGCGACAACGCCGCCAAGGAGCUCGCCGUCGUGGCCGACUUCGUCAGGCGCUGUUGAGUCUGUUUUCUCUAGUUCGCCGGCGAAUGAUUCAGUAACAGAGGCUGGGGAUCAAAAAAUCUUGCCCUUUAUUUUCAUGGUUCUGAAUUCACAAAAUAAGUGUGUUUCUGAGUUCUGAUUA